UUCCGACGCGCCGUACACAGCGUGGUAACCACGCUGCUCAACACAGCAGGCGCUGUUUCUCCCGGCUCCUGUUGCCGCCACGACUUCUUCUACUUAUCCUCUUCCUCCUCCUCGCUCCUCUUCCUCCACCUCGUCCACCCUCCUCGUCUCUUCCUCUCAACCUCGUCGCAGGAGCCGAAACGCCCCCGUUGGGCGUCCUGAUUAGCAGCCGCCAGCAUGGACACAGACCUCUAUGAUGAGUUUGGCAAUUACAUCGGGCCGGAGCUGGACUCGGACGACGAGGAGGAUGAUGAGGUCGAACGAGAUGACCAACCAAGAGACGAGGCUGAAGAGGAUGAGGAGGAGGCAGGUGACGGUGAAGAGGAGCCCGUGGGAAUGGAGGUGGUGCUGCAUGAGGAUAAGAAGUACUACCCCACUGCUGAAGAGGUGUACGGACCAGAGGUGGAGACUGUGGUGCAGGAAGAGGACACGCAGCCGCUCACUGAGCCAAUCAUCAAACCCGUGAAAACGAAGAAAUUCAGCAUGGUGGAGCAGGAGCUGCCACCCACAGUCUACGAAAUGGAGUUUUUGGCCGAUCUGAUGGACAGCCCUGACCUCAUCAGGAACAUAGCGGUGUGCGGGCACCUGCAUCACGGAAAGACGUCGUUCGUGGACUGCUUGAUCGAGCAAACGCAUCCUGAAAUCCGCAAGAGAGAUGACAAAGAUCUGCGGUACACCGACACGCUGUUCACGGAGCAAGAGAGAGGGGUGAGCAUCAAGAGCACUCCGGUGACCAUGGUGCUGCCCGACUCGAAGGGGAAAUCCUUCCUCUUCAACAUCAUGGACACGCCGGGGCACGUCAAUUUCUCCGACGAAGCCACGGCCUCCUUCAGGCUGUGCGACGGCGUUGUGCUCUUCAUUGACGCAGCAGAGGGGGUGAUGCUCAACACCGAGCGGCUGAUCAAGCACGCGGUCCAGGAGCGCCUCGCCAUCACCGUGUGCAUCAACAAGAUCGACCGGCUGGUGCUGGAGCUCAAGCUGCCGCCCACCGACGCCUACUUCAAGUUGCGACACAUUGUGGACGAGGUCAACAGCCUGUUGAGCUUGUACUCGGAGAGCGAGGACGGCCUCGUGGUGUCGCCACUGCUGGGCAACGUCUGCUUCGCCAGCUCGGAGUACAGCGUCUGCUUCACGCUCGGCUCCUUCGCCAAGAUCUACUCCGACGUCUACGGCGAUGUCAGUUACCAAGAGUUUGCCAGACGCCUCUGGGGAGACGUUUACUUCAACCCCAAGACGCGGCGCUUCACCAAGAAGCAGCCGGACACCAACGCUCAGCGCAGUUUCGUGGAGUUCGUCCUCGAGCCGGUCUACAAGAUCUUCUCGCAGGUGGUGGGGGACGUGGAUGUGCUGCUUCCACGGACGCUGGAGGAGCUCGGCGUGCAUCUCACGAAGGAAGAGCUCAAGAUGAACAUCCGCCCCCUCCUGCGCCUCGUCUGCAAGCGCUUCUUCGGCGACAUGACCGGGCUGGUGGACAUGUGCGUGGAGCACGUGCCGUCGCCGCAAGCCGGCGCGCGCACCAAGAUUGAGCACACCUACACGGGCCCCCUGGACUCGGAGCUGGCCGACGCCAUGCUGGACUGUGACCCCGACGGGCCUCUCAUGUGCCACACGACCAAGAUGUACAGCACGGAGGACGGCGUGCACUUCCACGCGUUUGGCCGUGUGCUCGGCGGCACGCUGCACGCGGGGCAGGACGCCCGCGUGCUCGGGGAGAACUACACGCUGGAGGACGAGGAGGACUCGCGCAUCUGCGCCGUCGGGCGCCUCUGGAUCUCCGUGGCGAGGUACCGCAUUGAAGUGAGCAGAGUCCCGGCUGGAAACUGGGUGCUCAUCGAAGGCGUGGAUCAGCCCAUUGUGAAGACGGCUACAAUCACAGAGCCCACAGGCACCGACGAGGCCCAGAUCUUCCGACCGCUCAAGUUCAACACGUCGUCUGUCAUCAAGAUUGCCGUCGAGCCCGUGAACCCGUCGGAGCUGCCGAAGAUGUUGGACGGCCUGCGUAAGGUCAACAAGAGUUAUCCCGUCCUCACGACCAAGGUGGAGGAAUCGGGGGAGCACAUCAUCCUGGGCACGGGGGAGCUCUACCUGGACUGCGUGAUGCACGACCUUCGCAAGAUGUACUCCGAGAUCGACAUCAAGGUUGCUGACCCUGUCGUGUCUUUCUGUGAGACCGUGGUGGAGACCUCCUCCUUGAAGUGCUUUGCUGAGACUCCCAACAAGAAGAACAAGAUCACAAUGAUUGCCGAGCCGCUGGAGAAAGGCUUGGCCGAGGACAUCGAGAACGAGGUGGUGCAAAUCACCUGGAACAGGAAGAAGCUCGGAGAGUUUUUCCAGACCAAGUACGACUGGGAUCUGCUCGCCGCCCGGUCCAUCUGGGCCUUCGGCCCCGACACCACUGGGCCCAACAUCCUGGUGGACGACACCCUGCCUUCAGAGGUGGACAAGGCGCUGCUGGGCUCGGUGAAGGACAGCAUCGUGCAGGGCUUUCAGUGGGGCACUCGCGAGGGCCCACUGUGCGAUGAGCCAAUCCGCAAUGUGAAGUUCAAGAUCCUGGACGCGGUCAUCGCCAAUGAGCCGCUGCACCGGGGCGGCGGUCAGAUCAUCCCGACGGCACGCCGGGUUGUCUACUCGGCGUUCCUCAUGGCGACGCCGCGUCUCAUGGAGCCCUACUACUUCGUGGAGGUGCAGGCCCCGGCCGACUGCGUGUCUGCCGUCUACACCGUGCUGGCUCGGCGAAGAGGCCACGUGACUCAGGACGCGCCCAUCCCCGGCUCGCCGCUCUACACCAUCAAGGCUUUCAUCCCCGCCAUCGACUCGUUCGGGUUCGAGACCGACCUUCGGACGCACACGCAGGGGCAGGCCUUCUGCCUGUCCGUGUUCCACCACUGGCAGAUCGUGCCAGGAGAUCCCUUGGACAAGAGCAUUGUGAUCCGUCCACUGGAGCCGCAGCCGGCCCCUCACCUCGCCAGGGAAUUCAUGAUCAAGACUCGUCGCCGAAAGGGGCUGAGCGAGGACGUAAGCAUCAGCAAGUUCUUCGACGACCCCAUGUUGCUGGAGCUGGCCAAACAGGACGUCAUGUUCAACUACCCGAUGUGAUUGGCCGUGGGUAGGCCUACAUGCGGUGCGAAAGAAGUUCAACUUGCGUGCGUGCGGCCCGCGUCAUCCGCCCCCUAAACCGCCCCCCCCCCCCCC